AUCGAUCAUUCAGAUCCUGUAGCAUCUAUUUAACUUUCCUAGUUAUAGCGUCAAUGGAUUGUUUAUUGACGAUAGUGAUGUUUAUAAUAACGAAAUAAGUUAUAACUACUAUAUUCUAUGGCGAAUUCUGAACUCGUUAUCAAAAGUAAUUCAGAAGACUAAGUUUUCAUUGGGUUGAAAAGAGAUUAGACGCUGUAUCCGAAAAACUAAAGUCGAUCUAUAAUGUCAAUCGACAUUUCUAUAGUGCUGAUGGUAUUCAUUUCAAAUAUAUAGAAAGUGAGAUCGAAAUAGUAAUCUUGGAAACAACAGGCCCCUUACUUCAACAAAAUGACCCAAAGGAAACUCAAGAUUAUAUCAAGGCUGGGUACGGCCUUGUCAUCAUGCUGCGAAAGUUCUACUAUGGCGAUAUUGAAAUUUUCAAAAAAAAAAAAAAAAAAAAAAAAAAAAAAAAAAUUGGCUCUUUUUAUUUUACGGUGUUUUACAGCAACAAAGAUCAGGAUUUGGAGAGCAUUUAUGCCAGCAAGCAAGAUUUAUGUGACCAACUGUAUUUGCUCAGUCGAAGUGCCAACAGAAUCAAAAACGUCAGAGGAAAAAUCGAGAAAGUUGAUUGAUCUAUUUUGAUUCUUCAGAGUAAGAUAUACUUGAAUCCAUAUUUUGACAUUUUAUUUACCAUUAAUAUCUUUUGUUAGCAACUAAUCAAAGAAUCAUAUCAAGCCAUCGAUGAGCUACAAGGACCACAUAUUGAUAACUAUAAAGAAAAAGGCUAGGAAGUUGGAGGGGCACGUAAAAGUAACAAGUUUGUGU